AUGUUGACCUUGAGAAGGGAUGGUAGCCUUCGUCAGAGAUUAGACGACUAUCGCCGGCUGAAUAGGUACCUCCUGCCUUCUGGGGAGGGGGAGGACCAGCGUUGUCACUGCCUGGCUGAUGGAGCGGCCUGUACAGCGGGUCAGACUUCCGGUGCCACACCUACAACGAAUAGAUACGACACAGAUUCAGGAAGAACAAUCAUUUUGAAUUCUGCUGACAAUGACUACCAGAUUAACUGCUGUGGUUUCGUGUCAGCAUGGGAAGUAUAUAUUACAACUACCGAUGGUACAUUGUAUGCCCAAGUAUGGCGAUUGGUCAACAGUAACUGGACUCUGAUUGGACAGAACACUUUCGAAAUUGACUCCUCGCAUUUCAACUCUUUAUACACUGGUCAGGUUCCAGCAUCACAACAAAUAUCCGUAAACACAGGCGACUAUAUCGGAUUUACGUCCUCUGGCACCACUAUACCAUCCUACCGUAAAACUAAUUCGGGCACAGAUACUGCCACUGAGAAUGUCAUCUUCUCUGAUUCAGCCGCAGCGGUAGUGGGAAACACUUCAGUAUUUUCAGCAUAUGCUACAUUUAAUAUUGAAUUCAAUAUUCGAGCUACUUUGUCACCAGGAAACAGUCCAGCAUUCUCGUCUUUGCCCGCUACUUCCUCAGUAAACGAAGAAACUGUGGUGGGAACAAUUUUAAUCACCGUCAUAGCAUCGGACGCGGACCCGUCUGAUAACCUUACAUAUACACUGACGUCAAUAAGCCCCGGCUCCACGUCCUUCAACUUUGACUCUGCCUCAGGUAACUUGACCACUUUGAAUACACUGACUGUCGGGACGGCUGUAUUUACUUUUUCUGUGGCGGACCUUUGUGGAAACACAGUCACCUCCACGUUUACUUUGACAGUUACAAACCAGCCUCCAGUUUUUCACAAUCUUCCCAACACCACUGAGAUCAGUGAGGAUCUUGCGGUUGAGACGGAGUUGUACGUUUUGACCGUCACUGAUCCGACAGUGGGAGACACAGUCACGUGUUCCUUGAACAGCACCAAUCCAACUACAAAUGACUUGUAUCUGUAUUACUCCGUAGGAAGAUCAACAUAUACAAUUUACCUGCGAGCCCAAGCUACCCUUGAUUACAAUACCGCUAGAGAGUAUUUGAUGAACAUAGAUUGUACAGACACCAAGGAUAAAGUGAGCAGCACUUUCGUUGUAUACGUUGUCAAGAACGAACCACCCGUUAUGUCAAAUCUUCCAUCAAGUGUUAGUGUCUCGCCAACUACAAUCACAGGGACAGCCAUUUUCACCGUAUCGUCCACUGACAAAGAAUCGGCCCAGUUGUAUUACAACAUGACAUGUUUACCAUCCUCAUGUCCCUUCAAAAUAUUUGCUUCUGGAGCAAUCCUCACAGAGACUGAUGUUGCCAAUGUUACAGAGCCAGGGUUUGACUUGUACAUAUAUGUGUACGAUGGGGUGAACCUUGUGGGUCCAAAAGUGUUAACUGUACAGUUAAUAGAGAGUGAAUUGUCCUCCACAUCAUCAUCGUCUUCGUCUGACUGGCUGAGUACAGACGCUAAAUACAUACUGGUGAUCUUGACCACAUUCGCUGGACUAGCUACGUUUGUCGUGAUUGGGUUUUGUAUCUUGAUGAUUAAGCACCUGUGGUGUUCUAAAGCCAAGACGAUUACCAAAACCAAACGUUUUCUCUGAUGCAUAUCUAACGCCAAGACGAUUAUCAAAACCUAACGUUUUCUCUGAAAUAUUAAACACCCUUGAUAUGAAUAAUAACAUCAAGCAUUUUAUUGUCUUUGAUUGUGGAAUAUGCCAAGCUUAUUUGCAUUUUCGUCUUAAGUUUUAAUUUGAUCAAUUUGUACAAAGGAUGACAAAUUAUAAUGAAUCAAUAUGGCGGCUUUGCUGUUAAAAUGUUUAAACUUCGCAAUAGGAAACAAAGGACAUUUUACUUGACUAUUAUUUUGAAUAAACUCACAUGCCCAUC